UUGCCCAAAAUUAUACUCUUCAUUGGUAUUUCAUUUUUUUUCAUCUCUCUCUCUCUCCUUCUCUCUCUCUCUCUUUCUCUCUCUCUCUCUCUCUCUCUCUCACAGACACUUUUUUGGGUAGGUGAAGAGCUAUUUCCUUUUUCAAGCAAUUUUCUUAUUCCUCUGCUUUUUUUCAAUAUUCCUUUCAAUGUAUCUAUCUAUUGUACUCUUUUUAUAUAUCUAUCUCACUUUGUUCAUAUCUAUGUCUGUUCAGUUCAGAUAUAUCUAUCUGUCUAUCUAGGUCAGUUCCGCUCUAUCUACCUAUCUGUUUAUCUAUGUCUGUUCAGAUCUAUCUAUCUAUCAGUUCAGAUCUAUCUAUCUAUCUAUCUAUCUAUCUAUCUAUCUAUCUAUCUAUCUAUGUCUGCUCAGAUCUAUCUGUCUAUCUAUCUAUCUAUCUAUCUAUCUAUCUAUCUAUCUAUCUAUCUAUCUAUGCCUGUUCAGAUCUAUCUGUCGAUCUGUGUCAGUUCAAACCUGUCUAUCUAUGUCUGUUCAGGUAUAUCUAUAUAUCUAUGUCUGUUCAAAUCUAUGUAUCUACUUGUGUCUGUUCAGAUCUAUCUAUCUAUCUAUCUAUCUAUCUAUCUAUCUAUCUAUCUAUCUAUCUAUCUAAGUCAGUUCAUAUAUACAUCACAAUCUGUCAGUUUUUUCAUAUAUCUAUCCAUCUCUAUCACAAUGUUCAUCUAUCUAUCUAUCUAUCUAUCUAUUUAUCACAUUAUGAAUUUACUCUUUCUUUACCUCUAUUUUGUUUCUUUUCUGUAUCCUUUUUACUCUAUUUCAUAUUCACUUUUCUUAUCCUUUUUACACUAUUUACUUCUAUUUUUUUUACUCCACACUCUCUCUCUCUCUAACACCCCCUCUCAAUUUUUUCUUCCUUUUAAUCUUAAUUUAUAUCUUUUCAUCCUUCCUUCCUUCCUUCUCUAA